GUGUGUGUGAAGGUGAUAAGAACAGCUUGUUUAGAAGGCACGGUUGAUGUCUGCUGUUCACUUUCGUUCAACGGAUGCUGUUGGCCGCAGUCAUUUCUGAUCUCUCGAUCGAUCGUGGUGGCAGUUUGGUGUUGUGUUUUUCAUUGUUCCGAACCGCGUCCCAAACGUUUCUCCAUGGCCUCACUGUUACCACGUGUUGAUGUUGUAUUUCUCGCGUACAGUCCGGCCGUUGGAACGGCUCCAUUGGUUACGCUGGACAGCAUCUGUACGGUGAGCUUGUACGAGUUGCAGCGACAUCUUCAAACGAAGCGUACCGAACGGAACAGUAUGGGUGUGGCGGCGUACAAACACUACAAAUGGUACAACGCAGUGUUAGCGGAGGAACUGCGAACGACCGGCAAAGGACAACCGCGGCCAUUGCUGCAAGCUUUCCAUUGGUACAUCGAAACCUCCAACACAGAUGCGUUCCGGGUCGAGGAUCAACAGUACGAAGCGGUUUCGUUGAUAGUGGCGGCUGAGGUUGAACACUGGUACUGUGCACGAUCUGAUCACAGUGUCCAGGGUAGCCGCGCACGGAUAUCGUUCGGUGCAGAUUCAAACGUUACGAUCGGACCAGUUACGCCGAAAGUUGCCUCUGGUCGGCAACUAAGCAAUCGUUCGACAACUCUCGAAAGAAUACGAGAGGAAUGUUAAAGUUCCCCAUUUGCUACACACCAGUUGUGAUUUUUGUGUAACCUCGUGGCCCAUUUAUUCGAUUGGGCAAGAACAUUGUGAUUGUGUAUUGUUCGAGAAACAAUCUUACGGAUUAAGUCGGCCUAUCGGCCUAUCAUAUCUCACAACAAUAAAUUCUUUUAUUAUAUCUCAAUUAUGCA